AUGCCGAAACAAACAAAUAAGAGAAAAGAAAAUAAGAGCCGAGAGUCCGAGACUUAUGUUGAGAGUACGAGAGACGAGAAUGAGAGAGGCCGAGUUUGCUCGUUGCUAGCGAGCUUGCUUGGAAUGCUAGGUGGUGACGUUGGAUACUACGUGAGUUCGUCCGCCUCGAAAGGAAAGGAAAGACGAAAGAGGCGACUAAGGGUAGCUCGGGUAAGGGAGACAAAGAGAGACGGAGGCGAGAGAUUGGAGAGGGAGUUGCCGAGUGUCCGAGUUAGGAAUGAUUUCUUAAGUAGUGGCAGAGAGAACAUGGCUGAAGAAUUGAUGCGAUUGUUGAAAAAGGCUAUAUUAGUCAAGUUCCGAAUCCAUAGACCGAC